AGAUGAGCAAUUCUAUUGCACAUGUAGUGUUAUCAUCACUAGGUGUUAGUACUACAGCGCUAGUAUUCUGUGGUGUUAUAUUUCUUAGUCAAUUAGCAUCAUCCUUGAAAGUUCAAAUUGUGAUUCUAUGUUCUACGUCAUUAAUGAAAGUGUUUCUAUGUGCUUGGCCAGCUGAUCAUCUAAUGAGAACAAGUUCGAACAUUGCUGAAGCAGCUUAUAAUUCAUUAUGGUAUAAUCAAAGUAUUGAUUCACAAAAGGUUUUGUUGUACACCUUGCUACGAUGUCAACGAAAUAUAGUUGUAUCUGUUCCUGGAUUAUUAGACGCCUUAUCUCUUCAACAUUAUGCCUCUUAUCUCUCGACGGUAUUUUCAUAUUUAACAACAUUUCGAAUAAUUUUUUCUGAAGAUAAGGAAACAUCAUUCAAAGGGAUCCAUUAG